GUGUGGGUGUGGUUUGUUUUUCUUUUAGGGUUUGGGUUUGAACUCUGAAGAGUUAAACCGUUCUGCUUGGUGUCUCUUCUCUCCACAAUCACCGUUCUCACCGGUUGCAAGGCCUACUGAUACCUUAUGAUAUCCAAGUUCCUCCAUUUCUUCCUUCGCCACAAUAUUUCGAUCUCUGCCGUCGAAAUCGCCCUCCUCAACUGAAACCCUUUCUCGGAAGCGAAGAUGAGACCGUUGGACGAGGCAGAGACAACUGCAGUAUUCGAAAAGCUCUUCAAAUUCGUCGGAAACAACCUCAAGAACAUCGUUGAAAAUCCCUCCCAUGAAGGUCCCGAUUCCAACCCUGGCCGCUACUGCUUCCGCCUCAACAAGAGCAAGAUCUACUACGUCAGCGAAUCUCUCGUUAAGCGAGCCACCAACGUAGCCCGACCUAACCUUGUUUCUCUCGGCACUUGCAUCGGCAAAUAUACUCAUGGAGGUAAUUUUCAUCUGACAGUUCAGGCUCUGAACUUGUUGGCUGCUAAUGCUAAGCACAAGGUCUGGCUCAAACCCCAGUCUGAGAUGUCGUUCUUGUACGGGAAUCAUGUGUUGAAGAGUGCUUUGGGAAGGAUCACGGAGAACAUUGCGCCUGGUGAUGGGGUUGUGGUGUUCUCCAUGGCUGAUGUACCGUUGGGUUUUGGGGUGGCUGCCAAGUCCACUCAGGAUUGCAGGAAGUUGGACCCUAAUGGGAUUGUGGUGCUGCACCAGGCGGAUAUUGGUGAGUAUUUAAGGAUGGAGGAUGAGCUUUGAGAGGUUUUUUCGAUAUGUGUCUUGUCCAAUUUGGGUCACUGUGAGAUUUUGAUCUUGUGUAUUAAGUUGAGAAUGCUUUUUUGUUGAAUAUUGCAGUGACUAUAACUAUAUUUGCCUGCCCCUCAACUGCAUUUGUGGCUUCAAUGUUAUUUUACUUUUAUGAAUUUGAUUGCCUCUCUUUUCUAUGUUAA